UAUUUGUUACAUUUUAAAGGAACUGGACAUUCGAAUAAAAAUCGGUCUUGUAACUAGAUAACAAAAGUGAAAAAGGCCACGUAAAAGAAGAGUUAAUUACUUAUUGACAAUGACAUGACAUUAUGUUAAAUGUCAUUAUUUUAUAAAAUGCAAAUUUCAUUGUUGUGAUUUCUCAUUCUCAUUAUUCAUAGUCAUGAUUUUACGAAGAGAUUAAACGAACUUUCUAGACACAACGAUUUCAAAUAUAUACACUUUCCACAGGGACAUGCGCUUAUUCUGUAUUCUAAAAUAGUGUUGUACACGAAGUGCCUUAAGUUUGGUGUGUUUACUUUUUAUUUUAAUAUGGAACUUCCACAUCUAGGCGAACAUUGUGCAAAAUCAGAUUGUCACAAAUUAGAUUUCCUGCCUGUAAAAUGUGACGCCUGUAAUGGUAUAUUUUGUAACGAACAUUUCAGUUAUAUUUCUCAUAAUUGUUCAAAAGCUUACGAAAAAAACAAUCAAGUACCUGCUUGUCCGUUGUGUAGUAAACCCAUACCAGUAAAAAAGGGGGAACAUCCGGAUUACGUAGUUAGUGCUCAUAUAGAUACUGACUGCCAGUCUGAUCCAGCAAAAAGUAGAAGAAAAGUGUUCACAAAUCGGUGCUCUUAUAACAAAUGCAAAAACAAAGAAGUCAUCCCUGUGAUAUGCAAUGAGUGUUCAAAGAACUAUUGUGUUAAACAUAGACAUCCCACUGACCACAGCUGUGAUGGUAGAAAAUCAAGGCCACAAAAUUUGAGUGACAAUAUUCAUGGCAAUCUCAGUGAAGAUGAAGCUUUAGCCAGAGCUCUUGCUCUAUCUAUGAAUAAUAGUGUACCUACUAGUAAAUCAAAACAAGAAGAAUUGGAUUUGGCUUUAGCCAGGCAACUACAAGCUUCUGAAACUCGAACAACAACAGCACCAAGUGCUAGAAGUUCUGAUAGAUGUAUUGUAUCUUAAAAUUAUUACUAAAUGCUCAUACAUUAUGAAAUGCUUGUAACAAUGAUUAUAUAUACUUAUUUUUAUGUUAAUUUGUGACAAUGAAAUAUAUUUAACUGUGCCUUAUGGUUUUUUGAAGAGUUGGCUCAAUUAGGUUGUGUAGGAUAUUGUCGUUAAUACUGCAAGUCAGCUAUGUCAAAAAAAUCAAACAUUAACUUUAUUGUAUGCAACCAAUAAUGCUUCAUAUAUUGUCAGUAUUCCAUACAAAAGAUGUACUUAUAAUAUCUGUCAAUAUGAUCUGUGUAUGAAUUAUUAUGUAAUAUUUCAAAUUUUAUAGUCUCUUGUAAAAUGAGUUUUUCGUGAUAUGUAGUAUCAAUGAUAUAUAGUUAAGUUUCAAUGAAAAUUCUAAUUUUUGAAUGUUAUUGCUUUUGCAGAUUUACACUAUGAAUAUACAUAUUUUUAACUGUCUAACAAAAAGACAUGUCUUACACUGUUUAAAAUUUAAAUGCUUUAAAAUAAGAAAAAUGUUCAAAUUUUUGCACUCUUGUGCGGAGUAUGCACACUUUUAUCAUAUACUCUUUUAUCUAUAAAAAUGCAAUUAUUUCAAUAAAUAAAACAUUCCAAUUAA